ACGGUUAUCGACAGUUUUCCCUCCUCGUUCACAGAGCGAUCCGGCUAUUCCGAUGUUUGUCUAAACUUACAUCGUUUUGGACGCGAUAGCUUUGGUAUAAGAAAAAACGGAGGAACGGAAUCCCUACGACGACAGUACCGUCGCUCCAGAAGACCUAUGAGGUCCUGCUAGCAGGGCAAGAUGUUCAACAAGUCGUUUGGUACUCCCUUUGGUGGAGGGACGGGGGGGUUUGGUACCUCGUCAACCUUCGGUCAGCAAAACACAGGUUUUGGGGCAACAGGAGGCUUUGGGGCAUCUGCAUUUGGGACAACGAGCAACGCCGGAGGACUGUUCAGUGCCACACAGAAUAAACCUGGCGGUCUGUUUGGGUCGAGCACCUUCAACCAGCCAGCGACUUCCUCCACCAGCACUGGCUUUGGUUUUGGUGCAGCGAGCGGAACCUCCACAAAUUUGUUUGGCAGCACUGCGACGGGCACCACCAGCGGACUCUUCUCCCAGCAGAACAAUGCCUUCGGUGCCAACAAACCCACCACCUUUGGGAACUUCGGGACGAGCACCAGCACCGGCGGGCUGUUUGGCUCCACCAACACCACCGCCAACCCUUUUGGUGGCACCACCUCCCUGUUCGGAGGUUCGGGCUUCUCCGCCACACAGCAGCCAGGAACCACGGUCAAAUUCAAUCCUCCAACAGGAAGUGACACGAUGGUGAAAGCAGGUGUGACCACGAACAUCAACACCAAGCACCAGUGCAUCACCGCCAUGAAGGAGUAUGAGAACAAAUCUCUGGAGGAGUUGAGGCUCGAGGACUACCAGGCGGGCAGGAAGGGUCCGACCAACCCGAUGGCGGCGGGGACAGGCAGCUUGUUCGGAGCGGCAACGGCUACGUCCAGUGCCACCACCGGUCUGUUCGGCUCCUCCGCCCCCAACACCAGCUUCUCCUUCGGACAGAACAAGAGCACUUUUGGAGCAACUGCUGCCGGCGGUUUUGGUACAACAGCCGGCGGUCUGUUCAGCCAGCCUGCGCAGCAGCCGGCCGGCAGCCUCUUCAAGCCGUUUGGACAGGCGACCACCACACAGAGUACGGGCUUCUCCUUCGGGAAUACUAACACCAUGGGACAGGCCAACACCAGCAGCAUGGGUUUGUUUGGGAACACGGCAGCGUCUCAGUCUGGUGGAUUGUUCGGCGCUGCUCAGACGAGUACGGCCACCGGCUUUGGGACGGGCACCGGGCUGUUUGGACAAACCAACCCUGGAUUUGGAAACGUUGGCACUCAGCCGAGUCUUUUCGGUAAUAAGACAGCGGGGUUCGGCACCACCACCACCAGUGCUCCGUCGUUCGGCACCGGCACUGGGCUGUUUGGAAACAAACCGGCACUCACGCUGGGGACAGGAACCAACACGUCCACCUUUGGAUUUGGUGCAAACCCCGCUGCAGGGAGUCUGUUUGGUAACAAACCAGCGACAGGAGGACUGGGAACCGGACUGGGAACCAGCUUUGGAACAGCAGUGGGUACAGGUCAGACGUCUCUGUUUGGGAAUAACCAGAACAAACUGGGCACCACGCUGGGAACCAUGGGAACAUUCGGAGCAACUGGAUUCAAUAGUGGAACGAGCACGCUUGGGUUUGGAGCUCCACAGCAGCCUGUCGCUCUGACUGAUCCAAAUGCAGCAGCAGCACAGCAGGCCAUGCUCCAGCAGCAGCUCAGUGUCCUCGCCUACUCACCGUAUGGAGACUCUCCGCUGUUCAGAAACCAGCUGUCAGACCCAAAGAAGAAGGAGGAGCGCCUGAAACCAACUAAUCCAACAGCCCAGAAGGCUCUGACCACGCCCACUCACUACAAGCUUACACCUCGCCCUGCCACCAGAGUUCGCCCCAAAGCGCUGACAUCAUCAGGAGCCUCUAAGACGCAGCUCUUCGACGGCCUGGACGAUGACGAACCCUCGCUCACCAACGGAGCCUUCAUACCCAGGAAGAGCAUCAAGAAGCUGGUGCUGAAGAACCUGAACAGCAGUCAGUACAACAGCCCAAUCAACAAAGAGACAGACGACCUCGCUUCACCGCCAGAGUAUCCACAGAACGGACACAGUCACAUGGAGGAGGAAGAGGAGGAGCUGAGGGAGGAACCAGGGCCCAGCAGCCGAGCUGACGACGACCCCGAGGUCACACAGUUCUACGUCAACCCCAUCGCCAAGCCGAUCCCUCAGGGCCGUGUCCAGACCAGCCUGCAGGACACCAUCAGCGACCUCAACAUGCACAAAGCAUCCAGGAACGGACUGGAGCUGAGCAGCGAGGAUGUGUCGGCGUCUCUGGGAGAAGAGUCUCUGCAGGAGGAGAGAGAGGAGGAGCCGCAGGAGUCCCAACAGUCUCCUCACCCUGCAGGCAUCGUUCUGAGCCGUGUUGGCUACUACACCAUCCCCUCUAUGGACGAUCUGUGUGAGAUGGUGGACGAGAACGGAGAGUGCGUGGUGGAGAACUUCACUGUUGGCAGGAAAGGCUACGGCUCAGUCUUCUUCCCCGGCGAGGUGAACGUGACGGGACUGAACCUGGACGAGAUCGUCCACUUCAGACGCAAAGAGGUCAUCGUUUACCCUGAUGACAAAAACAAGCCGCCAGAGGGGGAGGGCCUUAACAGGCGGGCAGAGGUGACUCUCGAUGGCGUUUGGCCAAAUGACAAGACGACCUGCAUGCAGAUACGGAGCCCGGAGCGUCUGACUGACAUGAACUACGAGGGUCGUCUGGAGAAAGCUUCACGCAAGCAAGGCGCCAAAUUCCUCGAGUACAGACCUGAGACGGGAUCCUGGGUGUUUGAGGUGAGCCAUUUCUCCAAAUAUGGCCUCCAGGACUCCGACGAGGAAGACGACGUCCCGCUUAAAACCGACCCCAAGAAGCUGAAGACGAUGCCCCUUCCUCCCUCCAAAGUGCAGCAGCAGCCCCCUCCCUCCCAGCAGCAGGUGGCGCCGCAGGCUCAGUCCACCGUCGUCCUGGAUCCCCCGAGCAGUGUUGCUGAACUGGACAGCGACAUGGCGGACAUCACCCAGAGCUUUCCGACAGAGAGCAUGCUGGGAGGAGAAGAGGAGAGCGAGCCACCUCUAUCGGAGAUGGAGACGACGGGCGGGAAGCUCGCAGGUUUGAUCGCCGCGGAGCAUGAAGGCAUCUCUGCAUCCGGUCACAUCGCGUCCUCGCUGGGCAUCAACCCUCACACGCUGCAGAUCAUGAAGGCGUCUCUUUUUGCUGACGAUGAGGAGGAUGGAGACAUGCUUCAGGAUCACGUGGCCAUGAAAGUCUCUGAUGUCUCAUCCCCUCGCAUCAUCCAUCCAGGAACUCAGAGCAGACCCUCGGUUGGCGGCCUCCUUCAGACUCGCUUCACCUCCGGUCUCUUCUCUCAGCUGUCAGACUCCUCCCCCCGCCAUCCUCUUUUCCCUCCCCCUUUGUCUCGGGGGUCUCCUGCAACAGUCGAACCCUCACGGUCGCUGCAGUGGGCGGGGCCUGGCCCCUCAUCCUUCCUGCUGCCCCCCCGGGCUUCUGAGCCGGCGAUCAGGACGGUUGGCGUGCGACGUCUAGGCGGUCCAGUGCCCCUGAAAGAGUCGGUCACCGAGGGGAAGGGCCGUCUGCUGAUGGAUGCCGGGCUGUUUGCUGGCAGAUCCUUCAGGGUGGGGUGGGGUCCUGGCUGGACGCUGGCUCACUGCGGCCAUCAGCUGAGCUCACCACCAAACAAACAACUCGACCAAGAACUGACGGCCAAAACAGACUUCAGCUUCCUACCCAAACCGGCCAAGAGCAAACCUCUCGUAGAAAGUCCCUACAAGGUUCUGUUGGAGCAGAUCAUCGGCCUGGAGCCUCCUUCAGUGAGGAUCAGUGAUGAAGAGGAGGAUGAAGAGAGCCAGGCGGUGCUGCAGCGCCCCCUGGAGAUCUGUCUGAAGCACAGCACUGUCGACACCACUGAUGCCUCUGCCUGCCCGCUGAUCCAACCACAGGCCGGCGUGGCGGCGCUGCACGAGUACGCUGAGUGGAUCAACGAGGUGAACGACCAGAAGGGAGACACAGACCCAGUGCUGGGGUACUGGUCGGAGGUCUGGACGCUCUGCGAGGCCCUGUGGGGUCGUUUGGGUCCUGCAGAUCAAGAAACGGAUAUGGAGACGCCCGGCGAGUAUGAGCAGCAGCUGGAGAGGAGGCGGAGCUUCUCCGCCUGGCUCGCCCGCGGCGCUUCCUGCAGAGUGGAGGAGGAGGUGGCUCAGGCGAAAAAGGGCUACCACACGGACGCCAUCUUCAGCUACCUGACGGGAAACCGCAUCAGUGAGGCGUGUCGACUCGCUCAGAAGGAAGGAGACCACCGUCUGUCCCUGCUGCUGUCCCAGGCCGUUGGUUCCCAGUACACCCGGAACCUUCUCGCCAUGCAGCUGGCCGACUGGAACCGCAUGCAGACAGACAGCUACCUACCUGAGGAGAGACUCCGCAUCUUCACGCUGCUCGCCGGGAAACCUGUGUGGCAGUCGUCAGACUCCGUAGUAAACGUGUGCUCAGGUCUGGACUGGAAGCGCUGCGUGGCCGUCCACCUCUGGUUCAUGCUGUCGCCGACAGCUUCAGUGGCAGACGCCCUUGCCAAGUACGAAGCCGCCUUCCAGGGCUCAUGUGAAGGUGGAAAGUAUGCCUGCGCCCCACUGCCUCCGUACAUGGAGGCGGAUCAGCUGGACAUGGAGGAUGAAGAGGAGGAGUCUAAACGGCCGCUUCACGACCUCUGCUUCCACCUGCUCAAACUCUACAGUGACAGACACUACAGCCUGCAGCAGCUGUUGGACCCUCUGACCGUCACCUGGGAGCGUCUGGAUUACCGUCUGAGCUGGCACCUUUGGGGCGUCCUGCAGGCGCUUCAUUACAGCCACCUGAGCGCCUCACGGCAGGGACUCCUCCACGCCAGCUACGCCGCUCAGCUGGAGAGCGCCGGACUGUGGCACAUGGCCAUCUUCAUCCUGCUGCACAUCCCGGACCACACUCAGCGGGAGCGAGCCGUGCGGGAGAUGCUGACCCUCCACUGCCCCCUGCAGGACACGGACGAGUCAGUGCAGAGGGAGCGCUUCCUGACUGAGAGGCUUCUGAUCCCGGAGCAGUGGAUCCACGAGGCCAAGGCCACCCGGGCACGCUGCGACUCCAACAGACACCUGGAGGCUCUGCACCUUUACCGCGCCGGAUACUGGAGCCAGUGUCAUCGCCUGCUGAUCCAACAUCUGGCCUCAGACUGCAUCAUAAAUGAUAACCACGACUACCUGCUGGAGUUUCUGGAGGGGCUGGCAGUCCCUGAACACAGCGCCACCAUCCAGGACUGGGACACGGCAGGAAGAGUCUACCUGGACUACAUCCGAGUCAUCAAGACUCUGCAGGACAUCCAGCAGAUGGAAAACGCCGGUUAUGAGCUGGAGCGUCUCUACACUGACGUGACGUCUCUGUGCAGCAGGAUCGAGCUGCUGCCCUGCAGCAGUGCCAGAGACAGACUCGCCCAAUCAGAAAUGGCGAAGCGUGUGGCGAACAUCCUGCGCGUAGUGCUGAGUCUGCAGCAGGGCGACGCUGCGUCCGACUCCCUCAGCAUCCCCCUCACCCAGCUGGCCCCGCACAUCACCCGCCUGCCAAUGCCCGAGGACUACACGCUGGAGGAGCUGCGAGGCCUCACGCAGUCCUACCUGAGACAGCUCAUCGUCAGCCAAUGAGAGCGCAGAAACACGAGCAGGAGAGCAGACACAUCGACAGAGCUCUGCUCAGAUUUUCUGAAAUCAGACGCAGAACUGUUUCAAAAAGACAGAAAGUGAAGACUUUGAAAAAACUGAGACCUUUGUGGAGUUUUAUGUUUGUUUGACAUCAGACAUCAUCUUUCUGAGCUUCUUCGUUUCCACGUCAUCCAAUGGGAAAAGAGCUCCAUCGGUCGCUUUGUUGGAGCCUCGAGAGGAGAGUUAGCAGUGGGUGACGUGAAAUGACUCCUAAAUUAAAUCACAGCAGUGAGAUCCAAAUGUUUAUUCACCAAUAAUCUCACUUGGUUGAAAUCCCAGUUAUGUAAAGGGUUUAAGGUUCCUCACAUCGUGUCAGAAUAAAGAGGUCAAGUGUAAGGGUUCACGGAGCAGGAGUUACCAAACUAUCUUUAUAAUUUCCUCAGAUUUCCUCUAAACCACAGACAUGAGGGCGAUUUGAACCAGUUUUUACAGUUCUAAUCCUCCGAGAAGAUUCAGUCAGACUGAGACCAGACUCCUGCUGUUUGUAGUCCCGGCUCCACAGACAUGGAUCUCAUAGAAACUCCUGAUCAAAUGUGACUGCAGAAAAAAAAACAAAAUCCCACCAGGUAGCUAUUCACCUCUGACUUUGCUAACUAUUGUUUCUCUUUUUACAGAAAUAAAAACAGACAUAGCUCACAUUUGCUCUCAUAUGAUACGAUAGUUUCUCUUUAGAGGCUAAAAUUUGCUACGAUACGUUAGAUCACAGCAACCUUUGACUUCCAAAAUAGAAUCAGCUCAGCAUGAAGUCAGGGUGAGAAAUUUUGCAAAAUUCCCCCCAUGCAUUCUUGAAUAAUUGUGCCACUUUUCAAUGGUCACUGUGACCCCGCCCCCUUAAAUGUACUCACUCCAUCAAUAUGGUGCAAAGCUUCAAGGAAACCCCGAAAGCAUUCUUGAAGUAUGCAGAGCUAACGUUGUCGGCUAAACUACGGCUAAUAAGGUUUAACUACCUUUUUUCAUCAGGGUGACUGAAAUAGCUGAAGAUGGAUCUCGGGUGACAAAAGUGAGUUUUCAUCAAGGAGGCUAAAUCAAGACUAGACUGUCAGUGCUGGACAAAAUCCACGACACCCCCCAGAUUUUCUUCUCUAUAUCUUAAAGGGUUUAAAGUAUUGAUUGUGCACUAAUAAGGAUGUUUCACAGUUAUAAUAAUGACAUCGAAGUGGUUGUUUUGGCUAAAGGAAAGACUGAACUGUAAGGACUUUUUAUUGACUAAAACUGGACGAAUGAUUAAAAGUAGACAAACAGAGAAACGACUCAAAUGUGACUGAAACUAAAAGCCAUUGUAAUCUUAAGAUUAAGACUCAAAGAUUUAAAGAAGCAGCUAAAUUUAACACCAGAGGAGUGUUGACAAGGAUGCAAAGGAGGGACUGUCACCGACACGGAGGCGUAACCAAAAUGAUUUUGGAGUUAUGCUGGUAUUCGCAUAUUUCCACAGGCUGGUCUGCAUUCUCAGAUUUCCAUGUUUAUGAUGACUCUUUCUUCUUCUGGCUCUCUCUGGCUGUUGUGGUUCCUCCGCCUCCCUAAUCUGACUAAAUAUCAACCAUGUCUGAUGUUUUUGAUUUAAGAUCAGGGAGGCUCUGACUCCAUCAGGAGCAGUUUAAUAAUUAUGUAAAGGAUAUUUGGACCCAAAAUCAGGCUUCUAAUCGUCUAGUGUGCAGCCUGCCUCCAUAUGUAGAAAAUGUGAAAUACCCCUGCUGUCUGCUUCGAGCUAUGGUAUGUUCAAAUCAUCUUUGAAUUUUCAGUCUCUUAGUUUUGGACUGUGCACAUUACCAAAACAAAACAACUCCUAGAUGACGUGUUUCAGCUUGAUCCAGCUUCUGUACUCAGUACUAAGAGUUUAGGGUGGUAAAAAUACAGUCAGACCACAAAUAAGACUUCUUUCUAAACUCUGCUUGAGUUAUUAGAAAACUGAAACCAGGGUGAAGGUGCAGCUUCCCAGCUUGUGUCAAAAUACUCAAAAACAUCGGAAGCAGUUUGUUCAAGCAGAAAUAGAUUGGUCUGUUAGUAAUCUGGAGCCUUAAAUAGAGAUUAAAAUUAGAGUUAGACUAAGAAUUAUUUAAUGAUCUAGUGUUUAAAGAUCUACAAAAAAAACUGGCCUUUUCACUUCCAUAGAGUUUGUCUGGCUUUAAAAAUCCUCCUCAACUUCACUCCAAAGAAACGUCACGUUUUUGUUGAGCUGGUGUUUAAAUCUGAGCAGUAAGGACCAAAAGUCGUAUCUGGAUAUCUCCUAGCUGAGCGGGGAUAUACAUAAUUUAUGUCUGGAUGUUUUUCAGUCAAGAAUUAAAUGUUUUUUUGUUUUUUUUUUAUGAAAGCAGAAUGAUAAACUUUGAUGAUUCUAGUCAAAUAAACCACAGUGAAACCUGUUUGAUACCAGGGAGAGAUAAACACCUGAUAGUGGGAAACAGUAGACACAUUCCUACACACUGUCUAAAGUGUAUAAAAUCACAUAUUUCCAUAUAACAAGGUUGUCCAAAAUGAUCUAUUCUCUAAUGUGUUUGAAAAGGAUCAAAUCUCCAUUAUUUUAAUGAUGGGUAGAAUCAUAAAGUCCAGACCUUCCUGAUCUUCAGAGUUUUAAACAAAGAGAGAGAGAGAUCUGUCAGAAGUUUGUUGGCAGCCAUUGGAAAAGUUUUAAACUGGCUAAGAGUAAAUGAUCUGUUGGUUUUGCUAACUCGUCAUAAAUUUGACUCAUUUUUCCAAAUCUUGUCAGCGUAUUUAUACAAAAUCCUCUUUUCUCACCAGAUCUGCUCACUUUCUUUAAAUUGGAGAUUUAUUCAUGCAACCUUUCACCCCCCAAAAACACCCUGAUGAGUUUGCUCCUCACAGUUCUGCCCACUUUUCCAAAUGUUGAGAACAUAAUUGAUAUCACAGACAUCACUCCUCACCAGUUAAACACAUUUUUUUCCAACGGAUUUAUGAAAUUCAACAGCGUGCAGGAAUUUGUCUGCAAUUGUUCAUCAUUAAAAACAAUAAACUGCUCAAUAUCAGACGCCCAGGACUGCCCUGGGGUAAAAUAGGCAUCAAUAUUCUUUAUUUUUUUUUUCUUAAUUGACCUUAAAUCCACUCAGAUAUUUUUACCAAGCAUUAGGACUACAGUCUCUGUUUUUGCCGACCCGACCUAUGCUGAUAGAAACCUUGAAUCUUGUCUGAAAUUAAACCAAGCAUCUUAAAAAUCAGAUUUAUUGCCCAGCCUUACAUGUUCAUUGAAAGGCUGUAGGAGGAUGGAACAUAUAAAUGCUAUGUGAAUAUUAAUCUUAUUAAUGCAGACCAGCUGUGAUGUACACAGAGUCCAUUUGUCUGCAGGCUCCAAGUGCAAACAGCUGAUGGUCUAUUUUUGUAGAUUUCUUGUUUUUUUGUUGUUUGAAAGUCAGAAGUGUGCGUGCAUGUAAAUCAGAGAAGACUCCAAACAUACGAGUAUUUUUUAUAUCUAUCAUCACUUCAUUUACUCUCCAAAGUGAAGAGUUUCCUUCCAAAACAAGACGCCAGCCAGAGAUUUCACUGCGUGUAAAUGAUAUAAAUAUUGUAUAUUUUUGGACAAAUCAAACAGGGAUUAUCAGGUCGUUUUUAUCCUCAACCUUUAAUUAUUGAUAAAGGAUGCAAAUGUUUUGGAACGAAGCCCUUCACUUAUCGUUUGACUGAAAGGUCACUUUGCUUUUUGUUGUAGAAUAACUGUCAGCUCGCCACAAAAGUCUGUUUUUUUCAAACUAAACUCCAUUUUGUUUUGUUGUUUUUCAGUGAACCGGAAGCUCAGUGAUGUCGGUUUAUUCUCCUGUUUAACAGAAUGAGUGUUGUGUACAUGGACGGAUACUCUUUGUGUGUGUGAGCAUGUUUCUGAUGAUUUUGUUGAUAAUAUUUUUUAAUAAAGUCAAGUAGAAUUAAAAAAAUACAAGAUGUUUGUUUUCCUUUCCUGGUCCAGACCACCACACUACCACCACCAUGUCUGACUGUUGGUCCGAUGUUCUUCUGAUGAAAUGCUGUUAGUUUGACUCCAGAUAGAACGGGACGCUCACCUUCCAAAACUUCUGUCUGGUUAGACCUCAGAAUAUUUCCCAGAAGUCUCGGGGAUCAUCAGGAUGUUUUUAGUCAAAUGUGAGAUGAGCCUUUGUGUUCUUCUUGGUCAGCAGUGGUUUUGGCCUUG